CUUAUUUUUAAGCAUGAAUAUAUGAAAUAUAAUUUAAUAAGAAAUUAAACAUUAAUCUUUCAGAGGUAACGGAAGAGAUGUAUGAACUUGGUUGCAAAAUAAAAGCAUGUGACCAACAAAUUGAAUUGAAAGAACAGGCAGACCUCAUGUGUCAACUUGGACAAGAGUAUAUCAGAUCAGCAGAGACAUCUGAUAUCUGGUAUGAACACUACGUUUGGUCCUGUGCACUAUAUAAUGCAGCCAAAUGUCGAAUUAAGAAAUUGAUUAGAAAACAAACUGAUGGCAUAAACACAGCUCUUAAAGAUGACUUGGAACACACUGACAAACAACUCCAGCUUAUAGAAAGUAACUUUGUGAAGAAGUGCCGAGCUGCAAAUCAUAGCGAACUAUCUACAGAGGCUGCAACACAGAAGUAUACAGACACACUUGAAAAUAUACGAGAGUACUCAAACACCACCGUAAAUGACAUCAUCGAAAAGUACAUGGUAGUUGAUGAUGUCACCACAGAGAUGAAAGAAGAAGAUGAAGACAACACAAUAAAACACAGCAAGGUGUUUUAUAAUGGACUAACACAACAGCUUUUAGAUUUUUAUAAGUCUAUUAUCAAUGACUCUAUUUCUGUUUUAGGACACCCCGAUUGUAAGUUUGCAUUCUUAGCACUUGGUUCUCUAUCCCGAAAAGAGGUCACUGCUUAUUCAGAUAUUGAGUGGGCAAUACUGUUUGAUCCCUUAGAUAAACCAGUCAAUCAAAUCAAAACACAAUUGCGUAUGAUAGCCUAUUACAUGCAUUUGAAGGUGCUUAACCUUGGGGAAACAUUGCUAAACUGCUUAGACAUACCAGUUCUGACAGAUUACAACAAACACCUACCCCCUGACAUGAAAGACAAUGACUUUUAUGACAAAGCAACUACUAGGGGGAUUUCCUUUGACGGGACACAACCUUGGGCUAGCAAAACAGCUAUUGGUAGAAAAACAGGAGUAGAUCCCAAUAAACCUCCCAGACUUGAACUUAUCAUGACUGUGGAUGAGAUGAGCAAGUUUCAGUUCACAGAUGAAUCAAUCAAAGAGGGUUAUCACCUUAGUGACGUUCUCAUGACAUCAACACUCAUAACUGGAGAACUUGCCUUAUGGAAGGAAUACAAUGACAAAGUACAUUCCAUAUUAUCAUCACCAUCUACAACUAAUCCAGACAUCACUAUAGGAAGAGAACGAGCAGUAAAAACACUGGAGAAAGACUUAGAAAAAUACAGUGAAAACCCCUUGUCAUCAGAAUCAUUCACUCAGAAAAUGCAUACAAAGCAUGACAUAUACAGAUUUGCCACAAUCACUAUAAAUAUUCUGAAACUCAUGCAUGGUUGCACAUCAUUUGCUCCUCUAGAUGUGUUAGAGGAAUUGAGAUGGAAGGGUAUCCUUUCUGAAGGGGCAACAAAAGAUCUACAAAUCAUGGUUUGUAGUGUAAUCAAUCUUAGACACAUGGUCUAUGGAAAGUAUAAGCAACAAAAGGAAUUCAUAUCAUUCUUACCAAGUGACUCUCAAGAUGAUGAAACAACAGAAGUGAUGCCAGUCAGAAGUUUUACAGCGAUAUUACGAUUUUUUAACACAUUCAUGCCCUGGUGUGAAUUUCUCAAAUCAAACUUAAAUGUAAGUGGUGCCUGGGCAUAUAGUAAGAGAUAUGUUGGAAACAAUGAAGUGAAAGCGCAAUUAUAUAAGAACACUUUUUUCUUCAAGAGGGCAAUGCAUGCUUAUCAAACAGAGUUAAAAACACUUCGAACCCUAGAUGCAGGAGAGCAUGAGGUGAAAAUAGCUUCCAUACAGGAUGCAAUAGGUUCACUGUAUGAGUCACAAGGGAAUUACUCAGAUGCACUCUUCCAUCAUAACGACAGUCUGAAAAUAAGCAGAAAAAUCAAUGAUGAAAGUGGGGUCUCUAGAUCACUUAACAAGAUAGGUAUUGUGUAUAAAGGCAUGGGAGAACUGACUAAAGCACUUGAAUAUCAUCAAGAAAAUCUGAAAAUUGAAAGACUAAUACACAUAGACAGUCCCCACCCAGAUGUCGCCUCAUCACUCAACAACAUAGGUAAUGUGUAUAUAGACAUGGGAGAUCUGACUAAAGCACUUGAAUAUCAUCAUAAAGGUCUGACAAUGUAUAGACUUAUACACAAAGACAGUCCCCACCCAGAUGUUGCUGCAUCACUUAACAACAUAGGUUUUGUGUAUAAUGACAUGGGAGAAUUGACUAAAGCAGUUGAAUGUCAUCAAGAAAGUCUGACAAUGUUAAGACUAAUACACAAAGACAGUCCCCACCCAGAUGUUGCUGGCUCACUUAACAACAUAGGUUUUGUGUAUAAUGACAUGGGAGAAUUGACUAAAGCAGUUGAAUAUCAUCAAGAAAGUCUGACAAUGAGAAGACUAAUACACAAAGACAGUCCCCACCCAGAUGUUGCUGCAUCACUUAACAACAUAGGUAGUGUGUAUAAAGACAUGGGAGAUCUGACUAAAGCACUUGAGUAUCAUCAAGAAAGUCUGACAAUGAAAAGACUAAUACACAAAGACAGUCCCCACCCAGAUGUUGCUAGCUCACUUAACAACAUAGGUCUUGUGUAUAAAGACAUGGGAGAUCUGACUAAAGCACUUGAGUAUCAUCAUAAAGGUCUGACAAUGAGAAGACUAAUACACAAAGACAGUCCCCACCCAGAUGUUGCUAGCUCACUUGGCAACAUAGGUCUUGUGUAUAAAGACAUGGGAGAUCUGACUAAAGCACUUGAGUAUCAUCAAGAAAGUCUGACAAUGAGAAGACUAAUACACAAACACAGUCCCCACCCAGAUGUUGCAAUGUCACUUAACAACAUAGGUAAUGUGUAUAAUGACAUGGGAGAUCUGACUAAAGCACUUGAGUAUCAUCAAGAAAGUCUGACAAUGAGAAGACUAAUACACAAACACAGUCCCCACCCAGAUGUUGCUGGCUCACUUAACAACAUAGGUAAUGUGUAUAAUGACAUGGGAGAUCUGACUAAAGCACUUGAGUAUCAUCAAGAAAGUCUGACAAUGAAAAGACUAAUAAACAAGGACAGCCCUCAUCAAAGUGUUGCAACCUCACUUAACAACAUAGGUCUUGUGUAUAAGGACAUGGGAGAUCUGACUAAAGCACUUGAAUAUCAUCAAGAGAGUCUGAAAAUGGAAAGACUAAUACACAAAGACAGUCCCCAUCCAGAUGUUGCUUCAUCACUUUACAACAUAGGUAAUGUGUAUGGAAACAUGGGAAAUCUGACUAAAGCACUUGAGUAUCAUCAAGAAAGUCUGACAAUGAGAAGACUAAUACACAAACACAGUCCCCACCCAGAUGUUGCUGGCUCACUUAACAACAUAGGUAAUGUGUAUGAUGACAUGGGAGAUCUGACUAAAGCACUUGAAUAUCAUCAAGAAAGUCUGACAAUGAGAAGACUAAUACACAAAGGCAGUCCCCACCCAGAUGUUGCAAUGUCACUUAACAACAUAGGUAAUGUGUAUAAGGACAUGGGAGAUCUGACUAAAGCACUUGAGUAUCAUCAUGAAGGUCUGACAAUGAAAAGACUAAUACACAAAGACAGUCCCCACUCAGCUGUUGCAACCUCACUUAACAACAUAGGUCUUGUGUAUAAAGACAUGGGAGAACUGACUAAAGCACUUGAAUAUCAUCAAGAAAGUCUGACAAUGAAAAGACUAAUACACAAAGGCAGUCCCCACCCAGAUGUUGCAAUGUCACUUAACAACAUAGGUAAUGUGUAUAUUAAGAUGGGAGAUCUGACUAAAGCACUUGAAUAUCAUCAAGAAAGUCUGACAAUGAGAAGACUAAUACACAAAGGCAGUCCCCACCCAGAUGUUGCAAUGUCACUUAACAACAUAGGUAAUGUGUAUAUUAAGAUGGGAGAUCUGACUAAAGCACUUGAAUAUCAUCAAGAAUGUCUGACAAUGGAAAGACUAAUCUACAAAAACAAUCCUCACCCAAAUGUAGCUAAAUCAUUGCUAAACAUAGGUAUCACACAUGAGAACAUGAAGGAGCAUACAGAAGCACUGACUUAUUACUCUGAAGCUCUAAGCAUUGCUCAUCAGUAUGGAGGAGAUUCACACCCUGAUUACAUAAAAGCAUUCAAUUGGAUUGAUGAGUGCAAGAAUAAAUUAAAAUUGACUGAGAAGAUUAAAUCAUGUACUCUAAUGUGAAACUGACUUUAACCAUUGUCAUUUAAACUGGUUUCUGAGACUCAGGCCAAACACCAGAAAAAAGUGUCCUGAAUGUUUUGGAGUGAUAUCUCUAUUGUUCUAUUAACUAAAAAAAACAAUAAUCAUACACAAAAAUAUUUACACCAAUAGAAAAGGUAAUAAGAAAUUAAAAAAAUUAUUUGAAAUGAAACUGCAAAUAGUAUUUGUCUUAAUUUUCAUAAUUUUUUUUAAAAUACUCUAGAGAUGGAAUUCCACUGAUUCAAUCAUAUGUUAGUAAUACACCUAUUCUGCUUGACCCAUUCUGCAAUUUUUUUCAAUUUUCAUCAUUAUUAAGAUGGAGGCCCUCUCUAAUCUAACAGUUCCUUGAUACCAACUUACUAGAACUUAGCAAACCUUACAUAUAUUAAAGGCAAAAUCUGAGCUAUAGGGGGUGACACUAUUACAAGCAACUUGUAUUAUUGACCUACCAAUCUAUUUGUUACAAUAUCAAAUACAAGAUCUCCCAAAAGAUUCACAAUAUGUUAUAAAUUGGUGAAGUUAUUAAUGAUUCAAAGUACAAAAUGGGUGAAAAAUGUUUAAAUUCUCCCAAAUAACAAGAAUGGUAACCAUGCUUAUAGAAAAAUAAUACAUUAUUGUAAAAGUCUUUAGUUUUCCUGAAAUAAAGUAUGCACUUUUGUGAUUUUUAGAUAAUAGACAUGACAAGGAAUGACAUGAGCCAAAAAUAUUCUAAAAUUGAAACCAUUUUUUGUUUAGCCUGCUCGCUAUAUCUGAUUCUCUCUUUAAGGAAUGUAGCCAAGCCAUACACACUCAAAUCAGGGUUCACCUUUCGUUCAAAAAAGUCGGUCAGACAGACUACUUGAAAAAUUGACCUACUUGAUAAAAAAAAGUGCCUACCCUUAAAUUUGGUAGGCUGAUUGAAAAAUCUAACGACCCCACCAAAUAUUACCCUACCCCUACAAGAAUAGGAACAUCCCUGGUCGCAUUCACAUUGUUAUGUUAUUAUAUUGUAUAUACAAUAUACAGUGAAACCUAUAAAAGGGAACACCUCUAGAUGUAAACAGGAUGUACUGAACACCUAAUUUAGUACCAAUAUUGCUUGACUGACACUGACAGACCAAUCUGACAGCCAAGUGAUUCCAAACUUGGAUGACUGUGUCGAAAAACAGAACGGCCUUAUUGUAUAUCGUGAAAACUGAUAUCGAAGUGUCUUCCUUUUGGUCAGAUCGAAGUGAUGAUCUAUCUUCAUAAAAGCAAUUUAACAAAGGACUUGACCCCCCCCCCCUUUUUAAAUACAAUUCCAAUGUUUUUGCUUAACCCCACUAUUUGCUAACACUACAAUUCAUUAUCUCCUCAUUAUUUCAGAAGAACAUAAGUCAAUUGAGUCUCAACCUGUAAAAUAUAUGAACCAGGCAUAUAUUGAAUUCCAGUGACCUCUUUAUUGGGAGUUAUGUAUUUCUAGCAUUUUAAGUGUGAAAUUAUAGUAGUGCUUUAAUACCAGUAUAUCCUUUCAUUAUAGUCACAUAUUAUGUAUUGAACUUGUAUCUUGUGCCAUUGCAAACUUGUAUUAAAGCAUAUUUACUAAAGGGUGCUGCAAAUGAAAAAUUGAUUCAAAAUAGAGCUGUGCAGCAGUAUACAGAAACCUGUAAUGUGGAACACCUCUGAUAAAGAGACAAUUUUCAGAAUUUCAAGAUUAACUGACUUAAUGAUAAAUGAACCUCUAUAUGAGGUUUAACUGUACAUAAUUUUGAAAUAUAAGAGUAGUGACAUUUAAUAAUUUAUAUUGUACUAAAAUGAUGCUUCAAUGAUUAUGAACACUGGCCCGAGAUGCUAGAUGCUUAUUCUUAUGCUUAAGGGACAGGGUUGUAUAACUUAACCCAAAAAGGAUAUCUUAACAGGACAUAAUUUUAAGUCCAAAACGCUGAAACCAUUUUUCCACCAGUUUUUAAAA